UUCCCUAGGCGGAGUCUGUCAAGCCUACUGCAGUACAAUCGUUUUUCACAAAAAAAAUAUCCAGCUACUUAGUCGCGUAGGAUCUCUGUUAAAUGAAUGUGUAAUUGUUGUUACAAUGUAUCGUCUCUGUAUGGAUAUUUUGUUUACAUUGACAGAGUAAUAGUCAGGCGGCACAGGGUCGAUCGUAUGCAGUAUUCGCAUAAUGCUUCCAAUGCCUAGUGUCGAUGGGGACAUUUUUGACUGUGUUCAACGAGGGAACGUUGAACAUUGUGCACAUAUCAUUCAACAUGAUCGAUCUAUCCUCAAAGAGAAAGGUUGGGGUGGUUUUAGUCCUCUCCACUUUGCGUCCCUCCAUGGUAACCGUGCCAUGGUUGACAUGUUGCUAAGCAACGGAGCUGACCCCAACCUGACCUGUGAUGCAGGAAUGACGGCCUUCCAUUUCGCCUGCAGGCAUGGUAAUGUAUACGUGAUGCGCCAGAUGAUGCAGCAUGGAGCUGACCUGCGCAUGGUAGACCAUCAGGGCAAAACUGCCCUACACCAUGGAGUAUGUGGAGGGAACAUUGUAGCGAUGCAGUACCUGUGGGAGACAGGAAUGUUUCGGUGGUGUGAUGGAGACAUGUACCAUGUUACACCUCUACACCUGGCUGCUGAUACUGGCAACACUGAGGUGGUCCGUUACCUGCUCCGAGGAAAGAGGUGUAUGGUGGAGACUGUGGAUGAGGAUGGGUUGACAGCGGUCCAUGUGGCAGCUGAGAGGGGCUGUGUAGAGGUGUGUUGGACGCUGUUACAGAGAUCCGGCUUCAGGAUGCUACACUUGAAGACCUAUAGCGGACACACGCCUCUGGACCUCUGCAGGCAGGGAAAGACAUUCAGACACUUGCAGCUGACCAAACUACUGACCCGCUACAUGAGGGAGCCACCAUUCAACAAACCGGACGAGUCCCACCUCCUUUACUACUGGACGUUAUUCUUCCCAUGUCUGAUUGGAGGAGCUAUUCUGAUUAUCGCAACAAUGUUGGGGGGCUACGGAGGGAUAACGUGCGCCGUCCUCUUCCCCUGGCUGGCCAGGAGUAUAUUUUCCCAGUUCCACCGCAUGACGACCUACCAGAGGUUGGCCAACCCCGUCUACCUAGGGACUGUGAUAGCUGGAUUGUUCCACUCUCUAGUCUGCUUCUACUACAGAAUACUACCGCCUAGCUUGUGGGGUGAUGGUGUUCUGGGUCAUGUGUCGCUGGUCCAGUUCUCUGUGGUUCUGGUCUUGUUCUGGAUGGUUCUAACCCAGGAUCCUGGAGAGUUGGGACCGGGAGAUGCAGAUCCUCGCUACUCCUCCAUAACAGACCUGCUGGAGAACAACCAGAAUCCUCAGAGGUUCUGCAUCUACUGUGAGUUGUUCCAGCCAGACCAUACUAAACACUGUAAAUUGUGUGAUGUGUGUGUGAGGGAUUACGACCACCACUGCCUGUUCCUGAACCGCUGUGUUGGCGGUGGCAACCACCGCCUCUUCAUCAUCUUUAUCCUCUCCAUGGCCACAGCACACCUCCUUUUCAUUGCCGUGGCAACUUACCACCUGUAUGUGGUCGUGGUGUCCCUUGAGGACCAGUCAUUGGUUAGGGCAGUAGCUGCACAGUUCUGGGUGGUCUCCUUGACGAUAAUGAACGUUCUGACAAUCCUUUGGGAGGUGUGGUUGUUGACGGAACAGUUUGACGCCAUCGCCAUUGGAACUACCACCUACUUCAAACCUACCUGCGAGACUCGGCCACGGUCGCUAGGACAACGCUGGACAACAGUGCUUACCUUCCUAUUGGAGGGGAGGAGACGGUUAGAUUAUGGACUCACGGGGGACAAGAUCUCCAUAGACAUUUAGAUAAUAUGGACUCUAAAACCUAUGGUGAAAUGAAGAACAAUGUAUAUUUUGUCCGUUUUCCAUUCUUAAAACCAGCUGGAUCUUCUAGCCUGUUGAGCUAAAGCCUAGGCAUUACCUCGUGAAGCAAAUACCACUAUUAAACAUAUAACAAGUAGUGUGUAGACCAGAAUGAGUUCUAAGAGAUCUUAACAUUAAAGAUAACAUGUUACUUAGAUAGUCUUUUGAGAGUGCGGUCGUAAACAUGUCUGUUAAACAUUAUACUGGAACAUUCCUGCCGUUUAAAAGUUUGGGGUCACUUAGAAAUGUCCUUGUUUUUGAAAGAAAAGCAAAAAAAAUAUCCCAUUUAAAUAA